AUGACUACGGAUAAUUGGAACUUGCUAUAUAUGUACAACGCUGAUGAUAUAGGAGUCUUAACCCGAGGGGGAAAGAACCGGGGAGUUCCUCAAAUCAGAUCAUCUGCAUUCCGGGGGAGUGAAGAGGCGUUUGGCCGCACAGAUGCGAGGGUAUAUCAGGACAAGAUCAAUCAAGGCACUGAAAAGGAAGAAGUUGCAGUUGAGGUGAAAUGCCCAAACAGGAAAGAAGUCACACAGGUGCUACGAACCAAUAGUGAGGGGAAAAAAAAAGAAGUUGUUCAAAUGCACACACUGGGUUACCAGCCCAAGUCAAAAUGUUUAUCCUCCAAACUUGAGCACAUCAAAAGUGUAGUUGCAAAUUUGGUGAAACGUGAAAAUGUAGUUUAUCCUGAUAAGGUUGCUUUCCCUGUAAAUUCAACGCAUCAGAAAAAUGACCAUACUGACCAGAUGUGCACACUAUCGAAUGAAGAGCUGAAGCUCUUUUUAAAAAAAAGGCCACCAUGGGGGAGGCGAAUCAGCAGGGAGAGGCACUACAGCCAUCCAGAUGGUACCUUUUGCGAAGCUGGGGCGGAAGAAAUAUGCCUUGUAAAAGGUGCAACCCGUUUGGGGCCCAUUCGUGGGAGUAAUGGAUCCCCCCAUGUGCCACGUCCGCAUGGGGAGAAGAAUAAGGAGAAAAAAUUGUUCGUAAGGGGAAACCCCAAUGGGACCCCCUCAUACGCACCACACGAAGGGAUAGAGGUUACACGCGGUAGUCACUUUGAAGCGAUGGGCAAAGCGGAAAUCCAGCAAACACAUAUGGGGGGACCACCACCCCACGGUGACUACAACGAGGUGAACGGAGGAACAUUCCACUUUACCAGUGAAGGUAACGGAGGAACCAGGGAGAAGUACCCACCAGGUGUAAAUUGCAAAAGUGUCUACACACAUGGGUUGGAAGAAGGGGUAGGCCGAAGCAGUCCCAUGGUGGGUCAUCCCCAAUUACUCCAAAAUUUCCCCCACGGGACUGCUAACCCCUUUAGUUGUGAAAAAGAAGACGUCACUGAGGAGGGGGCACCCCGCGUUGCAUCACCAUCCUUCGCCGAUGAACCACAUGUCGAUGUGGCGCGGGAAACACCCUCGACAAAUAAGCAGCAUGGCAAUUCUUCAUCUGUUAAAAAUUCACCAAGUGGAAGUAGCGAACGGGGGGACAACAGGGGUAUUCGGGCGAGCGGUAAAAACGGAGCGGCGGGCGAACAUCACAUUGAGAAGAGCAGUUUGGAGGUACCCACCAACGCGGAACAUAUCAAAGAAUUAAAUAACCCAUUCGAGGGUUCCAUUGGCACAUUGUUCAGCGUACAUAAUUCGUUUCUGUCAUCGAGGGCGCAGGAGAGGCAGCGUUACGAUGAUGCGAGCGGUGGUCGCGUGGUGAUUAAUUCUUUGGGGGGGGAUAAAAAUGGGCAGUUGCGUGUGCGCGGUUCCCCGGGAAAUUUGCCCUUUCGGAGGAUAGAGGAAGUAAAAAGGGGAGAGAAAAAGAAAGUGAAGGGGGAGAAAAAAAAAAAGAGGUGCGAAAUUACCCGCAGUGCACUAGAAGUGGAAAUUGCCCCUUUUGCCCAGGCGAGUGGUGGCGGUGUGAAUUCCUCCACAGUUUUGGGCGCGAAGAGUAGGGCGCGCGCAGUGUGCGUCGCCAGGGUUGGAAGUGGAGAAGGUGGAGAAAAUGAAGAAAGUGAAGAAGGCAGAGAAAGCGGCGGAAUUGUCGCUUUUUGCGGAGCGAGCGGCCAGAUCGCUGGUGUGAUGGGCAGGGAUCCCGCUCAGCCCCACAACUGCCGCUGCACCGCAUGUGCUACCCCCUCGGGUCGCAGUGAUGAGCAAAAAAAGUGUCGCCAGGGGGGGGGCCCUACCGCACGGGGUGUCGUUUCAAUUUGCAGCAAGGGCAAUCGGUGCGGUGGAAAAAUGGGCAAUAAAAGGGAAGCUAGCAGGGGGGGCAGUAGCGCCAGCGAUAGUAGCGACUGCGUUGACCGCGCUGAUGGCUCUAACUGCUUCACCCGCUUCAACAGCUCUAACUGCUUCACCCCAUCUAACCGCUCCACCCGCGGCAACCCUUUCACGAGCAAAUCCCGCUCAAAUGCCGAGGAAAAUCGGGGGGCACGCCACCCUGAGAGAGCAGAAGAAUUGUUUCCCACGCACCUCGGGCGUAGAAUUAACAGCAACAGUUCGGUUAACAUGCUGGCAAACUCUUCCAUCUGGAGGGACUUGCGAAAUGGAGAAAGUGAAGUCAGCCGCUGCGAUGGAGUGAUUCCACGGUGCCGCGAGGGGGUAGGCGGCAUGACGGGUGGUAUGGCGGCUGGCGAUGGGGAGAGCGGGGCCCCCCCGGGUAAGUGGCGCAAUGAGAAGUACGCACCGCGUUGUGGAGAUGAUCACAGGGGGGUUAACACCGAUGGCGUUCCUGGGGAGGGCCCCAGUCGCGAGCGAGUGAACCUCCCGAGUAAUGACGAGGACGCGCUAAACAGCUUCGAUGUUACAUACGAAUGUAGCAGUAUAGCGAUGGGGGAGGAUGAGCAGCAGGCCUUCUCGAGCAACGACAUUCUGGUGAGGGACAUUGAAGAGUUUAAAAUGGACAAGUUUUUUUUUGAAGAAAUUUACACAUACAGGGUGAACGAGAGGAUGGACGAGGGUGCAUCCAGUGCAGUCGCCCCAAGCAGCGGUAGUGGCGUUGACCGUGGGGGGGGCACCCCCGGGGCGAACCCCUUCGAGCGGCGGGUCGGAGACGCGCCCGGAAACUUCCUCUGCGACGAAGCCCUGCGAGGGGCAGAUUUGACCAAACUGGUGUUACACAAAAGUUGCUACGAACACAUAAAUGACGAGGUAAAAAAUUUGAUGCGGGAAGAAGACGAGUACCAAGUGGAGAUGAACGUGGGGCUCAUGUUCCGGAAGUACAUCCCCAUGGUGAUCACUUUGGCCUGCAACUACCUGCUGAUUAAGCGCAACGAGCAAAACAUAAUCACGUGCAUCCCAUAUGGCAACAUUCUAAACGUGAGCAUAGUUAAGAGGAGCAAGAAGAAGAAGGACAGGUACCUGUUCAAAUUGAUGUACAUUUUUAAAAAGAAGGACCACUGCGAAAAGAAUGUUACUUUGCUAUUCCGGGCGAGCAACAUGGAAGUAUUCAAACAGAUUAGCGGCAAAGUAGAACCUAGCAGCAAAGUAGAACCCACUUGUAGAGCGAACCCAGCCAGAGGCAGGGAGUAUCUGACCAUAGAAUCGGUUCACUCCUACAUGGUGGAGAAGUACAAACGGGUUUACCUCCUCUAUUUGAUGCACCUGCUGCAGAUAGUCGAUAGGGUGUGCAGGCGGCACGUUUUGAGGCGCGCCUUCAUCGAGUUGAAGACCAAAUGUGAUUACGAGAAGGGAGUUGAAGAAGGAAGCAAGCAACGAGAAAGGGCACUGAAAAAGUUGGCAGACAGGCUACAAUUCUACUUGCGAAAAAAAGUGCAAAGUUAUUUUAACGUUCUAAUGAUAAGAAGCUACGAAACGAAUUUUGUUUCCUACCAAGUGAAGACCAACGAUUUGCUAUUCAAUUUGCUGGUGAAGGAAAAAAGUAGCUACCAAGAAAUUGUAGACCGGCAAAGUGUGCUCCUUCUCUUUCACGUCUUGUCCAAUUUAUACAAAAGAAGGAUGAGCAGCUACCUCCAGCUGUUUGCACAGAAAAAUAGGACCCUAAGUAGGAGGAAGAGCGCCGUUUCUUAUUCACUCACUAGGGUAAAUAGCAUUUUGGUAAACUACGAGCGGAGGAUAAAGGGGUGUUUCUUUUCCAAGCUGAAGUUCCACUACGACUACGUGACCAAUUUUGUCUUCACCAUGUUUAGGGUGUACCUUCGGCGAGUGUUCCUCGGGUACAUUCGCUUGCGGGACAACCGAAUUGGCAAGAAGGUCUCCGUCGAGAAGAAUGUCUUUCGCGUCGUUCGAGUCAUUUCGAGGAUGGUCCAACGGCAGAAGUACUACGCCUUUUUACAGCUACAGAAGUUUUUUUUUCACCAAAUGGAGCGGAAGAACAAAAUCGCCUGCGACAAUUUAAUGUACGCAAAUAAUGAGCUUUGUCAGCACUUGGAUAAGGCCACUCUGGAAAAGGGGAUCCACAGGGCGGAGUGUUUCUAUAAGAUGAAGAUGAAGGAGCACUUGCUGAAGUACUUCUUCCUAUUGAGGGGCCCACACGUGGGAAACGUCGUGCAGGCGAGCACCCCCGUUUUGAGGCACUGCGGGGUCUUUUCCUUCGUUCUGAACAAACUCAUGCAGAGGAAAGUGCAAGACUGGUUCUUCCUCUUCGUGCUGAAGACGUACCAACAUAACAAUAGGAGCAGGCUCCUCUACGCGACGAACAGUUUGGAAGUGCUGCUCUCCAGCAAGGAGCAGUCCAACGUCAUGCACCUCCUGCGAAUGAACGAGGCUUACCCCUGUCUCUUUCACUACAGACACUUGACGAAGAUAGAAAUUUUCACCCACAGUUUGGAUCGCUUCGUCACCUUCUGCAAUAGAAAAUGGCUGCUCAACUUUCUCCUCAAAUUGCAUUGCCUCAAAUAUCAGGAGCGCCUCGUAAAGGUGUACAGAUGCAUCGACAGUUUAUAUAAAUUCGUGCGCGUGGUCAACAGGCAGAUGCUCGCGCGUGUGGAGACCCCCUUUCAGUUACUCCUCCUCAAUGCGCGCGUCAAAAGGGGAAGAGCGGUUGCGGACAAAUUCGGGGCCGCCAAAAAGACGCAGCUGAAGUUUAAGUACUCCAAGGCGACCUCCUCGCCCCUGCUCGCCCCCGACCCCCGCGGCCUCUGCGGCCGCUACCCCUACCUCUUCUGCAACUCGGACAUAUCCCCCGCGCGGGCCACCCUGACCGAUGACAAAUACUCGCUUCUCUCCGACUCCGCGUCCAACGUCCUUUCCUACGCCUACGAAGACAUGGACAAAAUUAAGCGCAAAAUUUACGACUUCAACAACCGAAUGAGCAACGUCAACUUGUAG